ACUGUUUCUCGGCAUCUUUUCUCUCUCGCAAAACCAUCUACUCAGGCUCAGCCUAAAGGCACAAUCAAAACACUUUCUUUCGUAAGAGACAAGAUUCACUGUUCACAACCCCUUCCUCCCCUCAAAACAAAGUUGUAAUCUGCCCUUCGUUUCAAGAGAUAACUGUGAUUAGGAUUACGUUAUUAGAGAAGGCAAGCUUCUCAUUCCACUUCCUUUACCAACCCACGUGCUUACUCAUCGUCGUUUCCUCUAGGUCGCUUCCUCAUUCCGGUUCAACUUCCUGUCCUCUUCACUUUCUCUCGCACAAGUUAUUUCAACAACAACAAAGAAGCAGUAAGAUUUUGAAAAAUAUCGUUUGUUUUGUAGUUCGUUUCUUUUCUUCACCGAUGACUUUUCCACGCGGUUAAGGCCGUUACGCAAUUUGUGUCUGACAAAAAUUUUUAAGAGGGAAAAAAAAUCGUUCGCUAAAAAAAAUGGAUUAAAAUGUUGAACAUCAUUGAAUAAUGAUAGGAUUGAUUGGAAAGAAAUGUAACUACCAAAACAUUUGAAUAGAAUGAUUCAUGAAUGGUUGGAGUGUCUAUGGAUUGUCUCGAACCAGCCUACCUCAAUCUGCCAGGUUGGCGAUGCGUACCCGUGUAUGCCGUCCCUCUAUCACCCACAUCACCACCGGCAGAAAAUUCACAACCUCUAGAUGCGCACAACCUACUCCCGCCCAAUAUACCUCAAGAUCCUCGUCACUGGUCUAGGCAGCAUGUGUUCACCUGGCUAGAAUGGUGUGUGGACAGCUUCUCUCUACCCCCUCUGGACAUCGAACAGUUCUUUAUGAAUGGACGUGGUUUAUGUCUGCUGAAGAAGACAGACUUCUCUGAAAGAACACCUCGGUGUGGAGACGUCCUUUACAAUGCUCUCCAAGUCCUACUCCUUCAACAUCAGCAACAAGGAAAAGGAGAGAACAAUGUCUCGGCUUCACUUUUGCAACAUGCCUCUUCUCGAGAGAGAAGUCCUUUUCCUACAAGAACAGGCUCCUGGCCAAGGUCUAUCAGCAGUGACUUCCAUAGCAUGGGUCAUGUAAUACACGAGAGUGAACAUGCACAAGUAGCCAUUAGUCACAUGAAUGGUAGUGACGUUGACAGUACCACAGCUAUGAGUCCCCCUCCAGCCAAUGAAGACUCGGAAAAGAGCCCGGAAAGAGGUUGCGUAACAGAUGCGGUUUUAUUGAACUCAAAACAUCCCUCUGUAGUUACUCCAGUGCAAUCUCACCCAACAACCCUGUUCAAUGAUAGAAACAAUGGAAACUGUGGUGAAAAAAUCAAUGUUCGACUUUUGUGGGACUUUCUUCAGCAAUUGCUGAACGACUCUCAACAAAGAUACAAUUGUUGUAUCAUCUGGAAGGACAAGUCUCGGGGAAUAUUUAAGAUCACUGAUCCUCAUCGUUUGGCAGCUCUGUGGGGAAAACAGAAGAAUCACUUAAACAUGAACUUCGACAAAAUGUCUCGUGCUUUACGAUACUACUACAGGGUUAGAAUUCUCCAAAAGGAACCGGGAGAGAGGCAUUGUUACAGAUUUUUAAGGCAUCCGAAUGAACUGCGUCAUUGCAAGCAAAGGGCUCUGUUGACACGCGAGAAUGGCACUCCAAAUGGAGUCCAGGCGAGCGGAGAUGUUGAGGCAGCUUUAGACAUGAGUAUUAAAGAGGAAGGCUUCUCACCUAAUGCUGCAGACUAGUAAUCAAAACAACAACACCUGUUAAGUGUUUCCACAAACUUUAGUUGAAAGGUCAUUAAAAAGUCGUAUUUAUACUUCUCCACCAAAUGACUGACUGUUACUCCGCUAUCUUUGUUAUCAGUAAUUAAUUAUUUUUUUUUAAAAGUUCAAAGUAUAUUACGUUUGUUCCAAAAAUAACUGUGAUAUUAGAUUAGCCUUGGUAACACAUUUGAUUUUAGUAUAUUGGGUCCAAGGAAUACAAGAUGGCACAAAUAAUCAGAGGAAUUCUAUAAUCUAACUUUUAUACUCAAUAACAGAUUUUGCUAUUUACUGAUCGCACUCUGAAAGCUCCACUGAAAGUCUCGAUUGCAUUUGAUUUGCAGUCAGAUGCUCUCUUUCAUUCAAUUCCUACUAUUAGUUCACACUCUCUCGAUAUCUUGUUAAAAUUUUCAAUCAUUAAUAAAAUGCUCUUUACUCAUAAAUUUAAAUACAUUUUUUUAAACCUUUAGUGGAUGACAUUUCAUGUUAAUACAGUGUUUUCAAAUAUUAAUUCAUUAAUUUUAGUUUUAUAUGGGAGACAUUUUUUUAAUUAUUUAAUAAAAAGUAACUAAAAUAAAAAUUUUCUUUGUUGACCUACAUAGGAAUUGACUUUAAAUAUUUUUUUUUUAUAUAUUACUUGUUUUUCUUGUGAAUUAAUCAUGUAUGAUGGGAAUUUUUAUUAGUAGGGAUACACACAGAACAGGGCAUUUAACCUGGCAGUGCUUAAAUUAGGAUUAUUUGUUCUAAAAUUAUACUUAAAAGAAAAAAAAUCAAAAUUAUAACUUAGUAUUUUGUCUGAUUUUAUUAUAUUUACUCAAUAAAAAGGUGUCCAAUGUAUGAAAACAGAGUUACCAGUUGUUUGAUCUAUUUAGUUCAUAACUUCUUGAUAAAGCUAGACGAUCAAAUAAAGUUUUUAAAUUUUAUUUUUAUUUGAGAAAAAAUUUUGGGCCAUCUUGUAUUUAAAAUCUCUUUUUAAACAUUGUCAUAUUUUUAGUAUCAUUAUAAACUAUAAUGAUGAGAAUUACAUCUUUGUAAUGCUACUUUCAAAGAGGCAGGUAUUUAAUUUUUUUUUUCACGUGAGAGAAGUUAUAGCAUUUUGAUGCUGAUACUUUAUUAGUUGAAUUGUCCAUAAAAAAUAUAAAAAAUGUUUUUUUCAUUGCUGAAAAAAAAAACACAUACAAAAAGAAAAAAUUAAAAUUAUUCAUUAAUUAUUACUAUUGAGAAAAAAUAUAAAAUAGAGAUCUUAAUUGGGAAACAUGUGCAUGCAACAACUGCAUCCUUUUUUUUUAUGCACAAAGUAAAUG